GAGAAGGAAUAUUUACUGGUUUCUGUGGUAGACCAACAUCGAACCUUUCCCUAGUACAGGUAAGUCUUCUUAAUACUGCGUUACCCAUUCUACGCUUGCGGCGGUGUCAACGCGGCAGCGUGCGGCGCCGUUCACUGAAGUCGUCAGUUUCUCUUGUUAAAUUGAAGUGUCCUCUAUUAAGAGUGUUGUGUGACUGGAGAGCAAAGCGCAUAAUUGUCGUAGUCGAGACGCCAUGCACCACAAGAUCCUUGCCCCGCUUUUAGGAAAUCGGGUGCAGGCGGCACAGAAGUUCCCGCAGCUGCGACUGAAGCCGCAAGAGCACCACCUCAUCACCCGCCGCCUGCAGUGCAGCAUCCCCCUCACGGUCUUCCAUCCCAACAGCGUCGACUUCGCCACGCGUGAACUGGAGGCGGGUCGCAUCGUCGAAGUCCGCCGUGAUGAUCAGCGCCUUGUCGCCCUCGGCUUCUACGAGCCGCAGCUGGGCCGCGUCGACGUCUUCGAUGCCACGCCGAACUCCGCCGCGAUGCUCCCCACUAUCAGCGAGGAUUUCUUCAUGGCUCGCAUGCACGAAGCGUGGGAACGGCGGCGACGCAUCUUGUUGCAAACGCAGAACAACACCUACCGCAUCGUCAACGGAUACGCGGACCGCCUGCCCGCGCUCUUUGUGGACAUCUUCUCGGAGUGCUUCGUGCGUGUCGUCGCGACUUCCGCCGGGGCGGAGCGUUUAGUGCCGCCUCUCUUUGACUUUCUGCGCCGCAGCGGUGCGGAAGAGGUGCUGCUGGACACCCCGACCUUGGGCGACACGAACCGCGUCUCUCUCAUCUCGUCCACCAUCCCACUCCCGCAGAUGUACGUGGAGGGCGGAGUGAGUCACUUGUGGUUAAAGCAGGGGGUGCAGCUGUCGUCGACGGCGAACUUGAUGCUGCUAAACCCGGCACACCGUCGCACGCGGCGCAUGGUGCGCGACCUUGGCAAGGGCAAGCGCGUGCUCACCAUUUACGACCGAUCCGGCUCCGCCGCGAUGAACGCCGUGAUGACCGCGAAGCACGUCACCGUCGUUCACCGCGAGGAGGCGACGCUCGAGUGGGCUCGGGCAAACUUAAUCUGCAAUCACUCCAGCAGUGUCUUCAAGACGUGCGAGACCGUCUGCUGCGACCCGGCCCAGCUGCGCGUGCGUCAUCAGCAAGACGUUGUCUACAUUGAGUGUCACCCGCAAUUCCUCAGCACGGGGGAGCAGUGGGCCGCGCUGAUGCAGGCAUUGGCGCGGAAUAAAGUCCUCGGCGUGGGUACCAUGUUGAUUGUCGCGCAGGACGAGGCUCCGCUGGGGAUUCGAGACCUCCUGCCGCGACGCAGAGCCCUGUUUGCCGGCGGUGAUGCGGAAGCGGCGGCGAACUUGCCAAUUCAUCGCCGGCCGCUCGCGGAGCUGCUGCGCAACUCGCUGGAAGAGGUGCACCUGAGACUGAAAUUUCUGCGCGCCUUUUCCGUUGCCUGCGAUCACCCGCGCAUCCCGGAGAGCGCGAGCGCGUCCUUCUCGCAGGUGUACCUCGUGGAGGGUCCUGCGCUGGAGCACGUUUUUCGCAUUCCCAACUCCAAGGAAGACGAUGUGCCACCACCACCGUCGUCGUAG